AGCGCAUGCGUCGUUGUCAAUGCGAACAAUUUUCGUAAACACAAUGGCGGAGAGGCCUCUAAGUCAACAAUUCUAUCCUAAUCCAGAUAGAAAUUUUGUAUUGCAUGGAGCUCCACCAUUUUAUAACAAAGGAAUGCCUGGCUAUUUGACUAACUCAAUGCUAACUGACACAACAAAAAACUUGACUCAACAUGAGCUGCUGUCAAAAAAGUAUGAGGAUGAUCCACAAUUAAGAGGUUCUUUGCGCACUAUCUCACGCAGCUUGAACAGAGUAAGUGGAGAUAUAAGGAGGUCUCUUCUCAAAGAAAAUGAUGUUGAUAUGAGCACUAGUCAGAGUACACAUUUUUACACACAAAGAGAAUUAAACGAAGCUCUAAGAGAUGUGCUGAAUAAAACUCCAUCACCUGUCAAUUUACAUUUAAGAAGUGAUUGGUAUAUCAAACCAAUUCAUUUAACAUCUUCAGUAAAAAUUCCAGUGAGUGAAGAAGACAUGCUAGCUACAAAGUUUUUUCCUGUGACACUUGGAGAAAGUAAAUCUCUAGAGAUGGUUAAUACAAUAAAGCCUGGGAAAAGAAAUGUAUCUAGACAAGUAGCUGAGGCUUCUUUUUUUAGAACACAAUCCAAACGAGGAUUGGUAAAUGAUACUGAUUUCUUAACAGCAGCAGCUCCACACAUAAAAUCAUCAAGCAUUACCUUUAUAUCUCCAUAUGCUGAAGAACUGGCUAGGCUACGAAUGGAAAAGUUGCGUAUUGAGGAAGAGCAAUAUCUUGAGCUAAAAAGGCAAGCUGAGUUAGAGCGGAUCCGUGGGCCAAGACCUAAAUGGUAUGAACUAAAGACACCACAAUUUCAUCUAGAAGCAAGUAAAAACAAUGAGCUUUUACGCAAUUCUGAUAAAUGGGAUGAUCUUCUACAGUACAGAGAAAAUCUAAUCAAUGCAACUAAGCAUAAAGAACUAGCAUUAAGUGUUCAAGCAUAUUAAUAUUAUAACAUCAUUUGUAGCUUUAUAAAAAGAUGAAUGUUUCUAUAGUAAAAUUUCCCCUUUUGGAUAUAUUUGAAACUACACACAUACACAAAUAUUUAUAUAUGUUGCUCAUAGAACGAACUAUCCAUUCCUGUCUGAGCCCUAUUCAUUUUAUGUAGCAUUUAUCCUAUGAAUAUUUUUUAAAGUACAAAAUUUGAUUUGUUGUUUCACUAUGGGACUUUGCCAGUAACACAUACAAAUUGACCAAUAUAUUCAAAAGAAUAAACACAUGCUCAAUUAAUCCUACAGGGGUGAUUUUUAAAAAUAGAAUAAAUUAAUUACCACUGCAUUGUAUAAUUAUUUUUUGUAUACUUUUUUCUUCAUGUUACUAAGUAUGUUUUUGCUAAUUCUUACAAAGAUUCCAGGAGUAGAAUAGUAUGAUAUUCUGCUUAAAAUGGAGAUCUACCACUCACCAACCAAUUUUGUUUGUCCCACAUUGUAUUUGUGAUCGUAAAGCCAUUUUAAAGCAUGCUUCAGUGUUGAUGUUUUUCGCUAUGAUUUUAAAAUCAGAGUGUUUGUAUUUUUAUCUACAAACAUAUUUUAAAAUUCUGAUGAAUAUUACUGUAUUCUUCUGUAAAUAAAAUGAAAGAUUUUAAAUUAGAUGAAAAGUUUACCUACUUUGUGCCAACUAGUUAUGUACUGUCAUCCACCCCAUAAAACAUAUUACCCAUCUUGAGGGGAUAUGACUUUAAUUCAGAUGAGCUACAUGGGUAAGAAGGUUAUGAUUAAGUAAUAGGUCUACAUUGUUUGUUUUAAGAAGUAAAAUGUGAUUUUUUUUUUAAAAUUCUAAUUUCAUUAAUAUUAUGAUAGUAUUAUGAUU